AACAUUAUCUACAGACAUGGUACGGAGAAGUGGAGAAGCGGGCAUCACGCUGCCUCCCACCAAGGAUUGGCGAGCCCUCGAGCAGAUCCGGUGGUCUAAACUUGAACGAGAUAAUGAGAUGUUUAAGAAAAUACAAAGACACAGAUACAUGAAUAUAAUCAGAAGUAUUCAACUUGAAAAGAGUAUUAAAAUCAAACACUACAGCAGGAUAGAGGAGAAACUCAACCUAAAAAUGGAGAGACUUGCUAAGGUGAAGCAGCUGUACAACAUACCAAUGCAGGAGAGCUGCACGAUACACCGCAAGGCUAAGUCAUGUCCGCUGGUCAAAAGAGAACGUCUCCCCAGCCUAGAAUCCUCGUCUCGCACCUCUAUCUCCACCCCCACUACUCACUCCCCCGAGAUUAAAUCUAUAAAGAACGAGGAACCCGAGCCCCCGGUGGAGACACUGGAUGACACCUCGGUUAAAAGGCCGCCCUCAAUGGCCAAACUGGCAGUAAUGGUCCAGAACUUUCUAGAACCCCUGUGCCCGGUGCGGUCCAGUAUGGUUGGUAAACAGUACCAGGAUAGAGUGCGGCUAACUAAGUCCCUGUCAAUGCAGCCCGCAGUUAAAAGGGAGGCUCCACAAGUCGAGACCCCCAGCUAUAAGAGUAAGGACAAUCAAGCUGUAUUCAGACAAAAGUCCUUCUAUCUGACCACGUGAUGGUCAGUGGUCACGUGGGCACCUUUCUAGGAGCUGCUCCAAUUCUCCUCUUGAGAAGAUUUUUAGACUUUCAAACGGCUCCCUCCCGCGCCCCCGACCUGAUCGGUGGUGGAGUUCCAGAAUCUUUUGUAAACACUUUAUAUCUGGCGGAGGGCAGUUUCGUUUUGUGCUAUGAUAUAUAGUUGGAGGGACGUCCUACAAGGUCAGGCCAGCUACCAUUGCACAUGCACACCCCUCCACCCUGGAGAGGUGGUGACAGAGAGCAGUGCUGCAGCUUCAACAACGGAGCCUGUUUUAAUCGCACUUCUCAUUUUCUCUAUAACAAUGUUUGCCCGUUUUACCAUCUUAAUUAUCGUUUAACAUGCGUUCUUACAAAAUAUUUCAAGGAUUAUAUUAUUUCCACAAAAAUUUGUAA